GCGGUAGUAUGCCCUCGAAGUUAAAAAAAUUAAUCUGAAACAGCCCUUUUUGUGGUCUUUUCAUAUUUUGUUGUACCCAUUUUUGUUUUUUUUCUCAAAUGGUACAAAAUAACAAAAAUUGAAGCAUCUUUUAAUUUUUUUUUAACAAUUACUGAUGUUGUUUUUGAGUUGAGUUUCAAACAUCCAAGUACCUGGAUCCUAACGUAAUAAAAUAACAUGUGCAGGGUAGGCACAAGACAAGUAUUGAAGAAUUUAUUGGUACAUUGCUCGUCUCAGCGGGUGGUCACGAGUCUCCGACCCUAAAGAUAUCGAUCUACAUGAUUCUAAUAUUAUUGUCCCUAGCCAUAUUGUAACAGUUUAGGACGUAUUUUAGGAAUUCAGGAUACAGUUUACAAUAGAUGGUGCGGGCUAUAUAGUGCUAUAAUGUGUUACCGAUUUUUGGUAAGUCAUUUGUUGAUAUAUUUUAUUGUUGUAGGAAUGUACAGAGACCGAAGAUGGUUAAAAAACAAUUUAUCCCCGGAACUAUCCUAUCAGUUGUAUUUCUACAGGUAUCCAGCAGCCCAUUUUCAUAGCCUGUACGUUCAUUCCGCCAGUGCUCAUUCUACGUGACAGACGUUUUUGGUUUUUAACAGCAAGUACCUUCAUUCGUUCAAAAUAUAUCCAAAAUAAAAAGUUUACACAUACUCUAGAAAAAUAUUAGACCGAUAGAAGUAAGCUCUUUUUUAUGAUUGAAUCAUCCAAGGUUAAGAUUAUUAUAUACAAUAUUACAAUCUACCCCGAAGUACAAAAAAAUACAAACGUCUUUCGAACGAUUGCAGUGCAUUUUACGAAGGUGUGAAAUUACUCAUUUUUUAAUUUUAUUUGCAGCAUAAAAUCUGAUUGUUAGGUACUGCUAAGCAGCUACUCUCCUCAAGAUUUCAGAUCAUGUUUAUUAUUUUUGUUUCUGUUCUGCGCUCGCAUGCUCAUUGUAACUAAUAAUACAGAUUGUAUAUUAUAUUCAAAUAAAUGUUAAAAAAAUUUGUUGUAAGAAAAAUAAUUAUUUUAAUAACACUUGUAUUUGUGCAAAUCACGGUUGCAUCCGAGUGUUUGAUAUAAAUGUCUGUCAUUACAAUGACUCAUAUAAUUAUAAUCGUGUUUAUUUUGAAUAAUAUUUUGUUUUUUUUUCAGUUUCGAAAAGACCAAAACAUGAUGAACAACAUCUAUGCCAACCCAUCUAACUCUUCAGACGAAGAUAAUGAUUACUUGGUGUUGGAAGCUGUAUAUUCAGUUACACAAAGGCCUCCGUAUAGCACAAUAUUAAAUUUAUCGAGGCAGCUAAAGAAAGGUAACAGUCAUCACUACGUAAGACGAUGGUUCCGACAAAGACGUGAUAUUGAUCGAGAGGAAUCCAAAACAGAAAGAAACGCUGAUAUUUCUGCAACACCAAGAAUAAACAAUGAUCGUGUACCACCAAUAAUUCUUCACAUUCACUGUGGCCCCAAUUUUAGAGAUUUUGAUGUCACUGUGAAUCACUGUAUCUAAAAAAUAUAUAUUAUGUUUAGGAUUGUGAAUUUAAAACUAAUGUAGUGUACAAAUAAAUAAAAUAAAAAUAAUCAAUAAUACUCAGGUAGGUUUCUGAUUUUUUUAUGAUAAUAUUUAUGACUUUUAGUGAGAUCUCUUUUGUAUCAUAAUCCCUAGCCUCAAAAUCUGUAAACCAGGCUCUGUUCACACUCAUACUUAUAAUAUAUUUAGUGUUUAAGUGUAUUUAGUGUAUGUUAAUAUGUCAUCACUAAAUAUGCAACUAUAAUAUUACCUUUAUGUCUGAUAUACU